AUGGGUAAAUUAAGAUACCUUCUUCAGCAGAAGGAUGAGCAACUGGUCCAAAAAAGUAAAGAAGAAGCAGAACAGCAAAGCCGGAUCAGUGAGUUCGAAAAGCAGUUUAAGCACUGCACAGACGAGAAUGCCGAACUGCGCACUCAGCUACACAAUUGUGCUGAGUCCUUAAAACAGCAUCAGGAAAACCGGACGAAAGAGGCAGAAGAAGUGAAGUCUUUGGAAAAAGAAAAUAUGAGGCUACAGAAGGAGUACAGUGCCGCGCUAAAUGAAAUACAGCGGCUGAAGGACGAUAUAAGGCCUGCCGUAAAAACGGAUCUGGAACGACGUUUUGAAGAAUAUCGUUAUCGUUUAUCCUGCGCUUUGCAAACGGUACAUGAGUAUGAAGACGAAGUUUCAAAACUGAGAAGUCGUGUGGCAGAACUGGAGUCGGAAAGGCGGGACAGGAGGAGCGGUAACGACAAAGAGUUGGAACAACUUCACGAAUACACCGGUCAGCUUGAGGAGCAAUUUACAGCACAGGUCGGCAUCAUUGAAGCACUGAAGCGAAGGAUUGUACAGCAAAAAACGUUAGCAGAUUUUUUAUCGAGUAUGGCAGAAAAUGGGGAACUGAGCCUCUCAAAAAUCGAAGAUAAGUUGGCCAGGUUUCGAUUGUCACAGCAAGAUGAAGGAAACUGUCAACUGAUGGAUGCUGUUCAGAAACUUCUUCGGUUUAUAUCGACGAAUUACGGUUACGGAUAUAAAGUGCUGCCUACUGCUCUCAGCUGA